CCGCCGCCCCCAGGCCGCUCAGGCUGCUGGCCGUGAAGGCUGCAACGUCGCAGAAGUGCGAGAGCUGCGUGAGCCACGGGCUGGACACCGCGGAGAUCAUGACCCGCGGGCCGCGCAGCCCCGCCGAGGGACAGGACCCAGCCCAGCAAGCGGCCCCCAGCCCUCUUCGGUCGGCUCACUGUCGUGGCUGGGGACCCCGAGCAGAGGGACACCGCCCAGGCCAAGCAGCCCGGGAGCCCGAGCGUCACGCGCACCCGCGCGCACCGCCCGCCUCUGGCCAGGACGCUUAUACAUCCGGAGGGUGGGCAGUGCCCGCUCCUCCGACCUCCCCACGCACCGGCCGGGUGCAGGGAGGGCCGGGGGCGGGGCCUGGACUGGCCGAGGGAGCCGAGGACACGUCGGAGGAAUUCAGGCCGCCGGCCGGGUCGUAUGCUGCCCCUCGCUCACCACCCACCCACAGCCAGCCUGCCCGCCUGGGAAGGCCCUGCUGCCCAGUUGGGCCUUCAGGGCCAGGCAUCCCGGACGCUAAGACCUGACUUGGCCUGCGCUUCCGCGCACCUACUGCCUCUGAGGCCUCUCUGCCCAGUUCAGGGCAUCCAUGGCCUUCCAGUCCAGAGUCUCCCCAGCAGGGCGCCAGGCCUCCCUGCUCCCAGGAUCCUCUCUGGCCCUGCACUGAGGCUCUCGCAGUCAGGCCUCCAUUUCCAAGGCCUCUGUUGCUUUGCCUGCGCUUGCCUGGAUGGGGGUGGAAGGCAGCAGUCUCUCUCAGGGUUUUUACAGUCCCAGGGCCUCAGAUCCCAGGCUGGAGGGGAUGCUGGCUCUGAGGCAGGAAGGCCCAGAAACUGGGGACCUGGGAGUGGGCACCAGCGGGAAACGCCUGGCUCCCGGGCCUGAGGUCCAGGAAAGAUACAAGGCUGGAGUCAAGUCGGUGAGCUUGUGGGCCCUGCUGUGUGACUGGGGUGGGUGCGUGUGACCUCAAGUACAGUGAGCCCCGCCCCACCCCCUAGGCUGUGGCUGCAGCUUUGUGAACCAUGCCAGAAAAGGGAAGCUGUUGCCAGGGUGUGCCCCCCACCGUGAGUAGCCAUGUGGGGCUGUGACAGUGACAGUGAUCUGUGGGGCCCAGGAGCAAGUCCAGGGAGUGGUGUGAUGCACCAGGCCUCCAGGACCCCAGGUGGAGAUGCUCCUGGUGGAGGGAGAGCCUGGCUGGCAGGGGAGUUGGUGGGGGCAGGUCGUGGUGGUGCUGCAGGAGGGGAGCCCGUACUGAGAGUCUGCACCUAGAGAGGCGUGCAGGGCAGUCACCAUGGGUACCUCUUGCUGGUGGUCUGCAUCCAACCUUCAGGUGGGUGCGUGCGUUGCAUGUGGUUGUAUGCCAUCUGGGAUGUGUGCUGUCCUGGCAUGUGGGGGUGCCCAUGGUUGUGUCCUGUGCAGCUGGGGAGCCUUCCUUGUAUACCUGGGCGAACACCUGAAGACAGUGGGCAGGUGCCCAGUCUGAGGCAGACACCAAUGUUGAGAAAGGAGAAAUGAAAGUGAAAAACCGUGGGGCUUCUGGAGUCACAAGGUCAGCCUCCUGGGGCACUGUCCUGAGGUCCCUGGCCCUCGGAGUCUGAGGUGGUAGACAGGAGACGGGGUCCUCCCAGCCCCUCAUUAACCCCUUCAUGCCUGAGCUAGGAUCUGGGAGGCCAGGCUAGGUGGGGAAAAGCGCGGGAGCAGAAAGGACGCUGUGGCGUGGGCCAGUGGGCCAAUUCUGGUCGAGAGAGCGCUGGAGGAGGUCAGGGCCCCCCCUACGCCGCUCCGCCUGGGACUGGCAACCCUGCUUCCCCAGCUGCAGCUACUCACCCGAGCAAUUGCAGACCCCGAACCCCUCUGUCAACGCCCGGUCCCUGCUGGAAUACAACUGCAGGGGCCCAAAGAGGCCCAAACGCUGCGGAGUCACCGCCUCCCGCGCCUCCGGCCUGAGCUCCUCGGACCCUCCCUCCGUCCCUCCCGGGGCGAUACGCCGCUCUCCUCACCGCCCGCCGCCACCCCACCCACAGUGCCCCCACCGCCCAGACGGAGCUCGCGCCCUCUGGCUCCGCGACGCCCCACACACCACGUCCGCGCGCGCCGCCGCCUGCGGGAAGUCCUCAUCCCUCACCUGGAGCGGCCACGGCUCCCUUCCGCCUCGCUCCCCCUGCCGGCCGCACCUCCGGGCGCGCGAGGUAGGAGGCCUGGCUGGGCGCCGGCCCGAGCGGGCCGGAAGGGCUGGGCGCUGCCGCGGGUCGUGCGCUGCUCGGGCUCUGCCUCCUUAGGGCGCGGCGUGCCCCUCCGCCUGGGACGUGGGCUGAAGACAAGACCCGCAUUUCGCUGUGCCGCUUGGCAGCGAAGGGGGAACUAGGAUGAGACCACUUUACAGGUCCUAAAACCGAGGCUCGGCUUUGACUGGCCUCCGCGAGGUACGGGGACCAGAAGUCUAGCUGAGAACAGGAGGCGGCAGGGGCGGGAUGGAGCCGAGGCAGCCGCCCGUCCUGGGUGCAGAUCGGGCUGCAGCCUUUGCUUCUCUCUGCGGGCCCUGCGCUGGGUCCCACGUGGGCACUGGGAGGCAUCCCAGCGCUCCCCCUGGCACCUUGCAUUCGGAGGCUCACUCAUCCCCCGCCCCAGCAUCUUCAGAGUUUUGCCUGAAGCAAGCGCUGUUUCGGAGGUUUUCUCCCCAGCGUGCAGAAGGAGGCCCCUGGAGAGUCUGGCUGCACUGCUGCACCCAGCUCCGCCUCCCCGGAGCGCACGUGGCUUCCUCAGGGCAGCUCUCAAGACUGGAGCGCUCACAGCUUUGGGGGGGACCCCACUCCUCACUCUUCCGCCACCAUAAAGGCACUUCGACAGCGCCAUGCCCAGCGUUCAGAAUUCACUCUGGGCCUCUCUGUUCCCACCCUUGGAAGGACCUUCGUGCCCUUGUGCAUCUCUGGUGGGCGCCAAGCCCACCGAUUGUUGUGCUCAGGUGCUCCGCGAGAGAAGGUGGGGCACCACCCACUCCCCCAGCCUGGGUCUCCCACUACCUGGGGCACAGGCGCACACAGAUGGAUCUGAGCGGGCGGCUGGAGGAUGUGAGUGCGCAGAGCCCUGGGGACCCUGUCCCCCAGGAACUAGAGCACCGAGUGGGGCAGAGCCAUCUCCCCGACCCGGGGUUCAGAAAGAGAGGGACUGGGCUUUUCUUGACCCGGUUCAUUCGUUUCAGAAUUGAUUCACCGGGAACUGCCUCCAGGGCCUGCCUAGACGGGCCUCGGUGCUCUCGCAGGCAGGCCCCGCACCGGGAGCGGCCUGUGCCCUGCCUUUCUGCCGCCAGCAGCCGCUCCUCCCCGGCCCCGCGGCCCGGGUGGCUGGGCCCCUGGGGGCCAAGCCUUGGCAGGAGGCGUGAGGGGGCGAACUUCGCUGGAGCCGGGAGAGGCAGGUGCGCAGGGCAGCUCCGUUCUCCCUUCACAGCUCCAUUCCUCCUCUCCGCUCCCCGCCCAUAGUGGGCGCCUCGCGCAGGACCUCGGCCCCUGGGUGCGUCUCAUCUGCCUCCAUCCAACGAAAGCACUUGGCCCGCAAUGCCGACGAACGCGGCUUUCUGGGUGGCCCGCUUGGGCGUGAAUGGGCAGCGACCCUGAGCCCCCGAGGUGGGCGGGUGGGGCCGCUGUGGGGUGGCCUCCCUCCCCGGGCCCCUGGCUGGGGAGCCGAAGAGGAUUCAUGGGCUCCACCCAUGAGGCGGGGAGGAACGGGCGCUGUCCGCGCCGCUGGCUCUUGCGCGCCCAGCUCCUGGCCCCACUGGCUCCAGCGCGGUCUGCGCGAUCCACCGUGGGUUUGCAGACCCUUGGGCCGUGCAGGGGGUUGCGGGGGGGGGCGGUGCUGGGCUGGGACCAGGGCCUGUGGGAGCUGGUAGUGAGGCUGCAUCCGUCCCGGGCAGGGGCUGUUUCCCUGCCCCGACCCCGCUGGCCUGGUCUCUUGUGACACCGCCUGCAGGUUGAAGGAGGCGACUCCGUCUCCCCAGCCUGGGGGCUCCAUGCACCUGGACUGGCAGUGGCUCUGUUGGCCCCCUAACUGCUCCCAGGCCCUUCCCUCGGGGUGCCCCCAACUGAAGCACAAGUCCCUGCGAGCCCACCCAGGCCUCUUCCUUGGUGGUGGGUUCUUACCCCAAACUCUGGUGGGGGACCCUGUGCUGGGCCCUGAGCCCCGAGUGCAUAGUGGGGUUCAUGUGAGGGGAACUGAGGACUGUGAGGCGGCGCCAGGCAGAACCCAUGGAGUUCUUGGCAAGGGCUGGGGACCAGAAACAGCCUGGCGUGUGCUCUUUGGUGGCUUGGAGAUGACGCUGGGUAGGUGAGCUGAGCCAUGCCCAGGGAAGGGGCUGGCGCCCUCGCCCCUUCUGUGGCAUCACCUGGGACUCUUCCUGGUCCCCAGUGCCACCUGCCUCCUGAUCCAAGGGUCUGGACCCCCGGGGGCUGAUGACUGCAGAUUGAACAAAGGGCAACUGAGGGGGCAGACAUGGACACUGGAGGGUGUCACCUGAGGGCUGACAGAGAAGGCCGCACAGAGGCACACACUGCUGUGACACCAGCCCCUCAGAGCCGGGAGGGAUGGGCCAGGGUCUGCACAGCCAUGCACAGCUGGGUGCAGCCUCCCAUCUGCCCCGGGCCUGGCUGUACUCCCCUCACUGAGGGUGCUGUCUUCUGGUUCUAGUGCCCGGGAGGACAGAUGGGGGGAGACAGUAAGGGGAUGGCCGGACCGGAUGGGGCUGUCGGUCGGGCCUGGGUGAUAGCACCCCCUACCCCCCGCAGGGCACCAGGGCCCCCUGCAGGCUGGAAGUUCCCACAGCUCUAGAACAAACAAACAGACGGCCCAACACACAGCCUGGCCCUGGGCCCCUCUCCAAUUUCUCAGCCUGUUGAUUUAGCUGCCCACUUGGUGGGAGGACCCAGCCACAUGGGGAGCCGGCUGUCCAUCUGUCUGUCCAUCUACUGGCCACACUGGCCCCUCCACCCCAGGUGCUGUCAGGCAGAGGUGGGGCUCAGAGACCCAGGUGACGUAGAUUUAGGCCGCCCACAGCUUCCCCUCUGUGGUCAGGACAGGGGGAGCCACACUCUCCAGGGAAAGGGAUAAGCCCUCAAAGCCCCUGGGUGUGUUGGCUGAGGGUGAGAGGCCAGAAGCUGGACACCUGCAGACACUCUUCUCAGGUUUCUCUGGCUGGCAGGGGACACUGACUGGGUACACACACAACCGUGAGCAAGGGCACGAGUGUAACAUGCAUGUACACGCCACACACAUACGUGAACGUACCCACAGACACACGUGCGCACACACCUGUGAAGCGCACCAUACACACGUACACACGCACACACCAACAUGGGCCAGAGCGCACAUACAGGCACGUGCAGAACACAUACACAGAUACGCAUGUGUGUGCAUGUGCAUCCGCUGCAGUGAACCCUGUAGCAAGUCAUCAAUGUCGAGGACUCUCACCUCAGUAACUCAUCCUUACUUGGCUUGGACGAGGUCCAUGUGGAGCCUUGGGCACUGCACAAUGAAGAUCAAAAUGUUUCAGUCUGCUCUUGUGGGGUUAUUUCCUGAGAGUGACACCCUCAAACGAUGCCCCUGGGGGAAGGUCCGAUGGCCAGGACGAUGCCCUGGACGUUGGGGACAGGAAGAGUCUGCCAUAACAGUUCACUCAGUGGGGACCCUUCUGGGUAGAUCCCCUGGGAGGUCAGUCUCCAUCCAGCCCUGAGUCGGGCUUGGUGGGUAAGAUGAGCAAGGAAGCUCUGGGAAGGAAGACACGGGGGCAGGGCCAGAGGCAUGAGCAAUGACUGCCAAGCUGGGGACUCCUGCACCUUUGUCAACGGGGCCUCGCCAGGGCAAGCUCCCCACAAUCAAAGGAUGUAUCGUGUCUCCUCUUCAAGAUACAGCAGUUUUAAUAACCGAAUAUAUCACACUUGGAAUUUCCAUUCAAUGCUUGAUUCGGUUAGCAAUUUAAAUUCAAGUUGUCGGGGCUUCCCUGGUGGCGCAGUGGUUGAGAAUCUGCCUGCCGAUGCAGGGGACACGGGUUCGAGCCCUGGUCUGGGAAGAUCCCACAUGCCGCGAAGCCACUAGGCCCGUGAGCCACAGCUACUGAGCCUGCGUGUCUGGAGCUUGUGCUGCACGGCAAGAGAGACCGCGAUAGUGAGAGG